CCAAAUAUCUCCUUCUUGAAGAAGGGGCAAUCUGAAAAAGCAGGCUACCAAAAUACUUUCACUAUUUAUAUGUUUUCUUUUUCAUAAAUUACACCAAAAAUACAUUACUGCGACUACUAGCUUUCUUCUUCACACAUUCUCUCUCUAGGGUUCUACGUCGAGGACGAAGCAAUCCAUAAAUACUCAGUCAAUUGAAGUCAACAAAAAUGGAAGGGGUUGCGAAUAGCAGCAAUAGCAAAUUGGACGAAAGAAUUGAAGCUUUGUUGAAUGAGGAGAAGCAGAUGAGGCAGAAUGGCGACGUCGCCGGCACCAGAAAGGCCGUUACUGAGAUUCUUCAGCUUUGCUUUGAAGCUCGCGCUUGGAAAACCCUAAAUGAUCAGAUUGUUCUCUUGUCCAAACGCCGAGGACAAUUAAAACAGGCUGUACAAGCCAUGGUUCAGCAGGCAAUGCAAUAUAUUGAUCAGACACCAGACCUAGAAACGAAGAUAGAGCUCAUUAAGACUCUUAACAACGUAUCUGCUGGGAAGAUUUACGUUGAGAUAGAACGGGCUCGGUUGAUCAAGAGACUUGCAAAGAUCAAGGAAGACCAAGGAUUGAUUGCUGAGGCAGCUGAUCUGAUGCAAGAGAUUGCGGUGGAAACUUUUGGUGCAAUGGCGAAAACGGAGAAAAUAGCUUUUAUUCUUGAACAAGUUCGUCUUUGUUUAGAUCGCAGGGAUUAUGUGCGUGCACAAAUACUCUCAAGAAAGAUCAGUCCAAGAGUUUUUGAAGCUGAUACUUCAAAAGAAAAGAAAAAACCGAAGGAAGGUGAAAAUAUAGUGGAAGAGGCUCCUGCUGAUAUUCCAUCACUCUUGGAGUUGAAGCGAAUCUACUAUGAAUUGAUGAUUCGGUACCAUUCACAUAGCAAUGAUUAUCUUGAAAUAUGCCGCUGUUACAAGGCAAUAUAUGACAUCCCCUCUGUUAAAGAGGACCCUACACAAUGGGUUCCGGUGCUGAGGAAAAUAUGCUGGUAUUUGGUGCUUUCACCACAUGAUUCUAUGCAGUCAAGUCUUCUUAACUCAACUUUGGAGGACAAAAAUCUUUCAGAAAUUCCUCAUUUUAGGCUGCUUUUGAAACAAUUGAUUACAAUGGAGGUCAUCCAGUGGACAGCCUUGUGGAAUACAUUUAAAGAAGAGUUUGACAAUGAGCAGAACAUGCUUGGUGGCUCCUUAGCUGAUAAAGCAGCUGAGGACCUUAGACUCAGAGUAAUAGAACACAAUAUCCUUGUUGUCUCAAAGUAUUAUUCACGAGUAACCUUGAAGAGACUUGCAGAUUUACUGUGUCUAAGUAUCCAGGAGGCUGAGAAGCAUCUGUCAGAUAUGGUUGUCUCCACAGCACUGGUUGCAAAGAUUGACAGGCCACUGGGAGUAGUCUGUUUCCAAAAAGCAAAAGAUAGCAAUGAUAUCUUGAAUUCAUGGGCUAUGAAUUUAGAAAAGCUUCUUGAUCUUGUGGAAAAGAGUUGCCAUCAAAUUCACAAGGAGACGAUGGUUCACAAAGCUGUCUUGAAAGCUUGAAUACAUGCUGACAUCAUGACAUCCGCGUUGGCGUUGGGGUCCCUUUUGGCAAUAUUUGCCUGAGAACAUGUUGGACUUGAAUUCUAGCCGAAAAGCUAUGCGUGAAUUUUUUCCUUCUGCAGAUUGGUGCUGAUGCUUCUACAUGUUUCUGCCGAGCCUUCUGUGAUGCUUUGUAUCUGUUUCGCGAUUUAUUCAUUAUCACAAAAAACUUCUACACUUUAGUGCUUAGGAAUCGCUUGGUAUUGGCGCCUGUACUCCUUUUUGCACAUUUAACUUGCGAAUUAGGGCCUCAAAAUCAUAUUUUAUCUCAUGAUCCAUUACUGUUUCAAGUGUUUUUCAUGUUCUUGUUUA